GACAUAGAUCGCAUGUAGAUACGUGGAAUGACCGAGCAUCUAGAUUGGUUCGAGGAGAUAACUCCACAGGUCAUAGCUCUGCUAUGUACAUGAGUUGGUACAGGCGUAUCUCCAUAUUACGCGUAACGAACACCACAUUUGCGCAGCCAGGAUCACAUUACCAUCCGACAUCUACGUUACUGGCUGAGUGCAUCCGAUCGGUGCUCAUACAAUGCAAUGACACGAUUCAAGGGGCCUUUACAUCGCCAGAUGAUGUGGGGUAUCGGCUAUGUUCUCAGACCCUAGGCUCCAUUAACUCGUCGUUGACCGAUGCAUUGAGUAAGGCGGGUUAUGAGUACCUCACACCGACUCCACCCGUCAUUGGCGAGGUAGAUGACACAUUCCACGCUCCUUCUCCACGGAGUUCAGCCUACCGAGGUAGCUCUUCCAGAGGAUCCAGUUCUCGGUCCACAAGAGGUCGCCAGCGUUCAUCUACUCGAGGUCGGUCUUCCAGAUCGCCAUCGACAUCCGGUACUAUUUCGCCAUUCGUUCCUCUAGCUUCCAUCACCACUCCUCCUCCACAUCCAUCGCCUCCGCAAAGGAUCAUCACAUAUCAGCGUGCUAGUCAACGGCGAGCUCCUGCUCUUAAUGUCAUUGCGGAGGGUGGACUUACAUGGAUCACCAUGGCAAGUGCCCCUGAACAAAUUUUAAAUAAACUGGAAGUUUUGAAUCUGGCGUGUAGCGACACUUUCUUUCUCUCCUUACUUAGUCUUGAGUCUCAUUUGCAAAGGAUGACUCUAAAUUAUAAACGACCAACGACUAACAAACACUAUUUACCAAAGUUCUUCGAAACAAUUGGCGUAAAUAACUGA